CGAGGCUGAUUGGUCGCGCGGAGUAGAGAGAUGGCCUCCGCGGCGGGUGCACCCGCGGCGCUCGCGGCGCGCCUACCGCGCGCGCGUGGGUGCCGCGGGGCGAGGAGGGGCGUCCGCCGCGUGCGCGUCUCGGCGGAAUCCCCCGGGGGUCGGGAGGAACUUUCGCGCCCCUCGCCGCCCGAGAAAUUCAUGAGGUUCGAGGUUCGUAAGACCCUGCGGGUGCCGGUGCCGGAGCCCGCGCGCGUGAACGAAGCCGCCGGGCGCGCGCCGCGUUCACUCGAGCGAUGGAUUCAACGCCCCGAGAACGUCAUGGAGGUGGUGUUCAGCAAAGAAGGGGUCAUCCCGCGGGAGAGCGGCGAGUGGAGGAUCUCGGUCAUCAAGCUGCCGUUCCUCGACUGGGAGCUCAACCCCGAGUUCGACCUCAGGGUCCUACCGAAAGACGCCGCCGCGCGGGAGUUCGGCGUGCGGAUGGUGAGCGAUGCCCUGAGGUUCGCCCCCGAGGGCGGCCUGGAGAAGCUUCCGCCGGGGUUCGCGGGAAUGGACAUAUGGAGCUACAUAGACUGCGAGCUCUUCAUCGAGAGGCUGCCGGAUGACGACGACGGCACGGCUGGCGGCGGGGCGAGGUCGCGCACGGCGGUGUGCGCGGACAUCGAUCUGCUCAUCGCGGCGGACAUCCCCGGCGUGUUUCGAUGGAUACCGUUCUUCGAGGGGAUCGGCGAGAGCGCCAUCGCGGGCAGCAUCGAGAGCGUGGGAGAGUUUGCGCAGGCCAACGUUCAGGCUGCGUACGAGGAAUGGGUCGGCGCGGAGGAGGCGGCGACGGAGCCGAGCGGGGCGCCGUUCGGGGGGAUCAACCUCGCGAAGAGGGAGCAGAGGGCCAGGUAGCGCGCGGGAUAUUCUUUGAGGAGUUCUUUUCGAUUCUAUUUGACGCCGGGGGCGCCCCCGAGGGUCGGGCACCCUCCUUAGGUUUGAUUAAAAGGCAAAUAGUGCU